ACUGGUUUGUUUUGCUGUUGAAGGUGGAUUUCAGCAGUGAGACAGAAGGCUUCACGGGACGGACAACAGUUCAGGUUUUAGAAAACAGCGUUCGUGACUAACUCAUCUCCAGUGUCCACGCAGCUUGUAAAUAUAAUAUUGUCUCAUUGAAGUAAUUACCAACAUGCCUUCAGAAAAGACCUUCAAACAAAGAAGGACAUUCGAGCAGCGAGUGGAUGAUGUCAGGCAGAUACGGGAGCAGCACCCCAAUAAGAUCCCGGUCAUUAUUGAGAGGUAUAAGGGGGAGAAACAGCUGCCCAUUCUGGACAAGACAAAGUUCCUGGUACCGGAUCACGUCAACAUGAGCGAACUCAUCAAGAUCAUCAGGAGGCGCCUGCAGCUCAACUCCAACCAGGCCUUCUUCCUGCUGGUGAACGGCCACAGCAUGGUGUCUGUGUGCACGGCCAUCUCCGAGGUGUACGAGCGCGAGCGUGACGACGACGGCUUCCUCUACAUGGUGUACGCCUCGCAGGAGACGUUUGGAGCCUCGCACACACACUAGAAACCCCGGUGGCCACCCGGCUGCCAUCAGGACAACAGUAUGACUUGUCGCCGCCUCAUUCCCAUGUAUGCCACCCCCACCUCAAUCUCGCCUCUAUCAGCUGUAUACCCAACCAAUGGGUGCCCCCCCCC